AUGCCCAGCGGAGAGAAUUACCGGCUCCGGCAGCCCAACUUGGAUUUGCAGAAUGGUCUGUACCCACUGUUAACAAGCAUGAAGCCGCUAACCAAGGCAGACGACGACCGGGAUGCUUUCCUGGUCCGUUUCGAAGAUGGUGAUAAGGAGAAUCCAAAAAAUUGGAAACCUUACUACAAAUUAUGGCUCACCAUAGAAAUGGGUAUGCUGGCCUUUGUUGGCUCGUUGGGAUCAUCCAUUAUGACACCAGCGUCAGCAACACUGUCGGCGUAUCUGGACGUCAGCAUCGAGGCAACGGUACUGGUGCUAUCUUUGUUUGUCCUAGGAUUUGCGCUGGGCCCAUUGCUCUGGGCGCCCAUUAGUGAAAUAUGUGGACGCAAAUGGUCCAUGUUGCCGCCGGUUCUCGUGUUGGGACUCUUCAGCAUCGGAACUGCAGUGAGCAGGAACGCAACAAGUGUUUUCAUUACUCGAUUUUUAGGCGGCGUCUUUGGCUCUGCGCCCAUUAGUAACGUAUCUGCGGCACUAGGGGAUAUUUAUGAUCCCCAGGAUAGAGGGGUGCCCAUGGCAUUCCUCGCGCUAUGCGUAGUAGGGGGUCCAACAGUGGCUCCUGUUAUUGGCGCAGCGCUCACAGUCAAUCCACACUUGGGAUGGCGAUGGACUGCAUACAUGGAAGCUAUAGUAGCGUUCGUGGUUUGGGCUGUUGCGCUCUUUUUCCUGCCGGAAACGUAUGGCCCUGUCCUACUGAAACACAAGGCGAAGCGUAUGCGUGAGAGUACAGGAGAUGAGCGAUUCUGGCAUCCCAGCGAGAAUGAAAAGCUUCACCCGCGUAACGCUGUCACAAAACACCUUCACAGGCCUCUGCGCAUGUUCUUCACAGAGCCAAUGCUGACGUGCAUUGCGCUCUACGCCUCAUUUGUCUACGGACUUCUCUUCCUCAGUAUCGAGGUCUAUCCGAUCGUAUUCUAUGAACAACGUCAGUGGAGCUUAGUCGUCUCCUCGAUUCCGAUUCUGGGUAUUUUCGUCGGUGUACUCUGCGCCCUCUUCAUCAACAUCGCCAACCAGCCUCUAUACGUGAGGGCCAUGGUCAAAAAUGGUGGUCAACCAGUGCCAGAGGCACGUCUGCCGCCAAUGAUCAUUGGAGGUUUCUUUUUCUCUGCUGGCCUGUUUUGGUUUGGUUGGACAGCAUCGCCACCGCAUUGCUGGUUGUCGCCGGUGGUUGCAGGGGGGUUUAUCGGUGCUGGCUUCAACGUUGUGUUCCAGCAAUGCCUCAACUUCUUGGUAGAUACUUAUGGCACAUAUGCGGCGAGCGCGAUCUCCGGGAACACAUUUCUACGAUCAUUGCUGGCCUGUGGGCUGCCCCUGGCUGCUAGACCUAUGUUCUUGAAUAUGGGAAUUGGCCCAGCUUCUAGUCUUUUGGGGGGCAUAUCCUGCUUGGCUUUGCCAGUUCCCUUUAUCUUCAUGAAAUAUUCUUCUACCUUGAGGAAGAAAUCCAAAUUCGCUACAGCAUUAAGCGGCUAA